AUGCUACUCAAUGAUGAAGAUACAGACGACCAGAAUGCCAUCAUCAAUCAGGCCCUAAUCAGUGCAGUACAUGCAUUCUCUGCUCGAUGGUUAUCCCUCAGUCGCUUCGGCAGGGAGACCGCAACGGAUGUCCGAGCAUUGACCUUGGCAAAGGAAUAUUUUCUAGAGCGCAUCUGGGAAAGAGCCCAUAGGGAUGUUCUCCGAGUGCUCACCCGACCAAGUUACCGUUCAAUAUUGGCUAUGUACCUCUUUGGAACUACUCCGACUACAAUUAAGAACAAAGAACGAUGCAUCGCUGACCAUUGUUUUGAAAUGUCAUUGCGCCAAUAUCUACAACUUAGAGGCAGAUCGUCUGCCAUUGCAAGACAACCUGGGAGAAGAAAUGAGAACACUUUGCAGUUGCAAGAUACUUCGGCUAAAGUGCAAGCUUAUAAGGAAUUGAAGCAUCUCGAGGACACGGCAUACUGGUUUGGUGUCGUAAUAGAUGGAUCUAGGUCCCUAACCAGGUGCCAGCCAUCUGUACUACUUCCUGGACUUCAGGGGGAAGCUCUGGUGUGGCGUUCAAUCAAGGAGCAGACCGAGACUUUUCGCACCACCUACAGGUCGAUCCAUACCUCGAAGGCGCCUCUAACAGAUGAAAUAGUGAUGACCAUGAUCCAACACGGAGCUGCCUGCAAGACCCUUUUUUGGAAAUCGGUUUCUCGCAUUCAGGAUUAUUUAUUCUAUCAAACAGUCGAAUCAACCUUGGAAGUUCUUGUGAAGAAUGCAGCCGAAGAGAUGGCACGGUUCGAAGAAGUCUUCGACCCUUUCUUUAAUCAGUGUGCAAGGGAUUGGAUUCUUCUUUCGCAAAGGUCGCGACUGAGCUAUUUCAUUUUAGCCUUGCAUUUCCACUUAGGGGUGCUCAUCCUAGUCGAUGUCCUUGAAACCCAGCACGAAGCGACCACGGACACUUUCAUCGAUAUUGGAGCCUGCAAGCUCGCAUCUACUCGAGCUAUUAUCAAUCUCACCAAUCUCAUGUUGCUACAAGGCGACGCUGAUACUGGAGCUGAGACAAGCAGUAUCUUCCUCAAAGAUCCGUACCCUGAACACACAAGGAACGGACUUUCAAGGGCAGCAUACUCUGUGCUACAUCUGUUCCGGGAAAUGUCAGUCACAGAGCAGGUUGCGGAAAUCAUGGCGGCUCCUCUGUUUGCCGCACUGGGCAUACUGAGCCAGGUAUCAUACACGGCAGAAGAGUCACUUCGCGCCCUUCGCAAGUCGUUUUCCGAGGCCGAUUUGACUGUUAUGCGAUUACGCACAGAGUUUUCAACAUAUCUAGUAACUGCGCCGCCAGAUCUCGAUCUGUCAAUCACACCUGAAAUGUUUGAGGAGGAGACAGUCAGAGAGCUCGACCUGGCGGAAGAAGAUCCAAAUUUGGUAGACAAGACCAUCGGACGCCACGAAGGUCUGGAAAUGUCUUACGACUUCGACUGGUUUGACCUGGAAGGUAUCGAUUUUACUUCUGUAAUGCAUGAAUGGGAUUUUGAGGUACGUGGAUCCGGAGGCAAGUAUUGUCUUCAUUAA